CAAAAAGGGAAGGGCAACUGGAGGGGCUCCCAGCCGGAGGUCCCUAUAUAGUCUUGAUUCCACCCACCGCGACUUCGUGGAGCAAAGCGGGAGGGGGCCCGGGCCAUAGCCCAAGCUUCCCCCUCCCGCCGCGGUGGAGCUAUGUGGAUGGAGCAGGGAGGCAGGACGGGGUAGCUGAGAGUGGCCCCCUAGUGGGGCCAUGGAGAAGCAGGAAUCUCUGGGGGCUGCUGGCGGCCUCAACCGGGGAAUCCUCGGAGGGGUACUCAGGGCAAUGCCAGGAGGCAUCAGAGGAGUGGAGGAAGGCGCCAGGCCGCCCUCCGGAGUAAUCUUGUCUCACUGUUCUGGGCGUUCCCGGCACUCCGGGGGAAUCGUAAUUUGCAGUCCUGGUUCUAGCCGGUCCUCCGGGGUGGUAGAGGUCCUCGGUUCCGGGCCCAAUCAGCAUUCUGGGGAGGUUGCGGGGCACAGCCUUGGGUCCGGCACACGUCCUGGCGGAUUUAAUCCCCCCUUUCCUGGAACCAGUGUAUCCGGGACGUCCGGCCUUGGGUCCGAGGAGCCUGGGGUGCACAACUCAGGAUGCAAUCUGCUCUCCGGGUCAACUUGCUUGCACCCCCACAAACCCUGUGAGGAUCGUACCCGGAGUAUCCUAAAAGAUUGCUGCUCCACUUUGAUGUGUAAAUCCCCCAGUGCAGAAAAGAAAAAGUCUCAGCACUGGGAUGAAAUGAACAUCAUGGCCACCUACCACCCUGCUGACAAGGACUACGGAUUUCUGAAGGUGGAUGAGCCCAGCACUCCCUACCACAGGCUGCAGAACAGAGAUGAUGAGAACCCGCUUCCAGGGUCCUCCCACACAGUGACUCCUGAGGCACUAGCACAGAGGUUUGCAACAAUGGACAAUUUCUACCCCAAGGUCCUCCAGUACAGUGAUAACAGAAGCUCAGGGUCUUCAGACGACUUUCCCGAGACAAGUGAGAUGAGGGACUUCAGUGAUUUUGAGAAGCGCCGCAAGGCACAUUACAAUGAAGGAACGUUCCUCAAGACUCAGAAAAACCUGCACUUGGGUAAUAACAAGAACAGCAACGGGGGUAAUGUCAGUAUGGACGGUGGCAGUCAAGGUGUGAUGCUGGACCCAGGGCCCAGGACUGUGGAGAGAGGCUCGGCAGGAGGACCGGGCAGAGGAGUCAAAGCUGAGAUUGGCCUGAUGACCAGGAACCACAUCCUAGAAGCCAAGGAUUCCUCUACCUUCAGAAAUCAGUCCCCAGUUUCGGCCACUGUCAUGUUCAGCAAGGAGGUUGAUCUGCAACGCAAGGAAUAUUAUAGCAAAGGAAGAUACCUGAGGUCUUGUCCCCACCCAGAGCUUGAGGAAGACACAGAAGAUGAGGAGCGGGACAGCUCCACAAGCUUGAACCGGGUGAGUGAGAAUUCCAUAAGAACUGAGGUCCAUUUGCUGGACCACACAGGAAGCCCCCUUCGGGAUCAGGCCAUCAAGAACUCCCUGACAGUGACAGUGACACCACUGCAGCAUGAUGAAUCCCUGCGGCUUCGAUGGACUCAGGAGGAAGCCAGACAAUGGAGAAUGCCCCGCCUCUGCCCCUCCCAGCGCUGUCUGGAAGUGUGGGGAGAGCUCCUAGGGCACCCCUUCCCCUCGGGGAAAGAAUUGGGACACCCCCCCCAGGAGGACCCUCUCCUUCAUCAACACUCCUUCCAGGGCAGGGAGUGCCUCCACCUGCAACCCACACCUGGCCUCAGGACCCAUUGGUCCCGCAGAGGUCACACUGAGAUGACGGUCAAGCUGGAUUUCGAGGAGUGUCUUAAGGACUCACCACGCUUCCGAGCCUCUAUCGAGCUGGUGGAAGCCGAAGUGUCAGAAUUGGAGACCCGACUGGAAAAGCUCCUCAAGCUGGGUAAUGGCCUCCUGGAAAGUGGGCGCCAUUACCUUGCUGCCAGCCGGGCCUUCAUUGUUGGCAUUUGUGAUCUGGCCCGCUUGGGUCCACCAGAGCCCAUGAUGGCGGAGUGUCUGGACAAAUUCACUGGGAGCCUGAGCCACAAGCUGGAUAGCCACUCGGAGCUUCUAGAUGCCACCCAGCACACACUGCAGCAGCAAAUCCAAACCCUGGUCAAAGAAGGUCUCCGGGGUUUCCGAGAGGCUCGCCGGGAUUUCUGGCGGGGGGCUGAAAGCCUGGAGGCUGCUCUUACUCACAACGCAGAGGUCCCCAGACGUCGGGUCCAAGAGGCAGAAGAAGCAGGAACUGCUUUGAAGACUGCUCGAGCUGGUUACCGGGGACGGGCACUAGAUUAUGCCCUGCAGAUCAAUGUGAUCGAGGACAAGAGGAAGUUUGACAUCAUGGAGUUUGUGCUGCGUUUGGUGGAGGCCCAGGCUAUGCAUUUCCAGCAGGGCCACGAGGAGCUGAGUCGCCUGGCCCAGUAUCGCAAGGAUCUGGGCGCCCAGUUGCACCAGCUUGUCUUGAAUUCAGCUCGAGAGAAGAGGGACAUGGAGCAGAGACAUGUGCUGCUGAAACAAAAGGAGCUGGGUGGGGAGGAGCCAGAGCCAAGCCUAAAGGAGGGGCCUGGUGGCCUGGUCAUGGAAGGACAUCUCUUCAAACGGGCCAGCAAUGCAUUUAAGACCUGGAGCAGACGCUGGUUCACUAUUCAGAGCAACCAACUGGUUUAUCAGAAGAGGUACAAGGAUCCUGUGACUGUGGUGGUAGAUGACCUUCGCCUCUGUACAGUGAAGCUCUGCCCCGACUCGGAAAGGCGGUUCUGCUUUGAGGUGGUAUCCCCCAGCAAGUCCUGCCUCCUGCAGGCGGACUCAGAGCGCCUCCUGCAGCUGUGGGUCAGUGCUGUGCAGAGCAGCAUCGCCACAGCCUUCAGCCAGGCUCGCCUUGAUGACAGCCCUCGGGGUCCAGGCCAGAGCUCAGGACACCUGGCCAUGGGCUCCGCUGCCACCCUGGGCUCUGGUGGGAUGACCAGGGGAAGGGAGCCUGGUGGAGUGGGGCAUGUGGCAGCCCAGGUACAGAGUGUGGAUGGCAAUGCCCAGUGUUGCGACUGCCGGGAACCAGCCCCUGAGUGGGCCAGCAUCAACCUUGGUGUCACCCUCUGCAUUCAAUGUUCCGGCAUCCACAGGAGCCUUGGAGUUCAUUUCUCCAAAGUCCGGUCUCUGACACUUGACUCGUGGGAGCCAGAACUAGUAAAGCUUAUGUGUGAGCUGGGAAAUGUAGUCAUCAACCAGAUCUAUGAGGCCCGUGUGGAGGCCAUGGCCGUGAAGAAGCCAGGACCCAGCUGCUCCCGGCAGGAGAAGGAGGCCUGGAUUCAUGCCAAAUAUGUGGAGAAGAAGUUCCUGACCAAGCUUCCUGAGAUUCAAAGGCGAAGAGGCGGCCGGGGGCCCCCAAGGGGGCAGCCUCCUGUGCCCCCAAAGCCUUCCAUUAAGCCCCAGCCAGUGAGCUUCAGAUCCAAGCCAGAGCCACCGUCUGAUGACCUGGGCAGCCUGCAUCCUGGGGCUCUGCUGUUUCGGGCUGCUGGGCAUCCUCCAUCCCUCCCCACCAUGGCUGAUGCCCUUGCCCAUGGAGCUGAUGUCAACUGGGUCAAUGUGGGUCAAGACAAUGCCACACCACUGAUCCAGGCCACAGCUGCUAAUUCUCUUCUGGCCUGUGAGUUUCUCCUCCAGAAUGGGGCAAACGUGAACCAAGCAGACAGCCACGGCCGGGGCCCACUCCACCACGCAACCAUUCUUGGUUACACUGGGCUGGCCUGCCUGUUCCUGAAACGGGGAGCCGACCUGGGAGCUCGGGACUCUGAAGGCAGGGACCCUCUGACCAUAGCCAUGGAAACAGCCAACGCUGACAUCGUCACCCUGCUACGAUUGGCAAAGAUGAGAGAGGCUGAAGCAGCCCAGGGCCAGGCAGGAGACGAGACGUAUCUCGACAUCUUCCGUGACUUCUCCCUUAUGGCAUCGGACGAUCCGGAGAAGCUGAGCCGGCGUAGUCACGACCUCCACACGCUUUGAUUCCAGGCCUUCGCGGGCCUGCGACCCCUGCCCUUCCUUCCCCACUGUCGGCCCCGUCGCCAUUAAAGCCUUUGUGCUUUGCUCUUC